UUGAAUAUAUAGAAUGAACUUUGAAUAUAUUGAAUGAAGCUUUAAUAUACUUUUAAAAACUUGAUAAUACUGAAUGACAUCCAAAACCUAGUUGUAUCCUUUUCAUCAAAGUGAUAGCCUGCUGAAUUCGCUGGUUUUACAAAAUGGCAUCAGUUGAACUAUUCCAAUACUUUCUUGAACUGGAAAACUUUUUUGCCACAGGUUGUACUCCAAAUGACACUAACAGUUUGGAGACUAUAUCACGUCACCUUGAGGAUCAUAUCUCUAUUAUUGCGACAUUCACAGUACUUAUGAGGAAUGUUCAACAAAACAUUGCUGAAAGGACAUUAUACGUCAUUCUUGAAGGAAUUUAUGAGUCUCUCAGGGAGAUGUUGGCGGAAAUAACAUUACAGCUGGAAGCUGAUGUACAAGCUAAUGGCAUGGGCAUCCAUUCUGCGUCUCAGAGAGGAAGGCCUAAGUACAACAUACCAGCUGCUCAGCUGAUUCACAUGCGGGAUUUAGGAUUUAGCUGGAUGGCCAUAUCUCGGAUGCUGUCUGUAAACAUACGAACACUGUACAACCACAGGACACAGCUCGGUCUGGUGGACUAUGGGAGUUUCACUGACAUUGCAAAUGUCGAUCUGGAUCGACUUAUUGCUGAGAUUCUCAGGCAAACCCCCGGUUCCGGAGAGACCUAUAUCACUGGUAGUUUGAGAGGAAGAAGAAUCAGAGUUCAGCGUUGGCGGGUACGGGAGCGUUUAAGAACAGUAGAUCCAGUGGGGCGAGCCUUAAGAGGACGAAGGGCAAUUCAGCGGAGGGUCUACAAUGUCUCUGCCCCAAAUCAAGUGUGGCAUAUUGACACAAACCACAAGUUAAAUCCAUGGGGAUUUGUGUAUCAUGGAGCAGUUGAUGGCUACAGUCGCUGCAUUACCUUCCUGAGAUGUUGCACAGACAACCGAGCAUCGACUGCCUUGCAUCUUUUCCAGGGUGCUGUUGAUGUAUUUGGACUGCCAGAUCGUGUCAGGGGUGAUGCUGGUAGCGAGAACAUUGAUGUUGCACGGUUCAUGAUUGAGAAUCGAGGAACAAACAGAGGAAGUUUCAUGGUUGGACGUAGUGUCCAUAAUCAAAGAAUCGAAAGAUUGUGGGCAGAAGUAAACAGGGUUGUGUCAGGAUACUAUAAAGACCUUUUCCUCUUUAUGGAAAAUUUCGGACUUUUAGACAGCACUGACCCUCUUCACAUUACAGCUCUUCACCAUGUUUAUCUUCCAAGAAUUAACAGAUCUGUGGAUGAGUUUGUGAGCCAGUGGAACAACCACAGCUUGAGGACAAUGGAGAGUCGGUCCCCACUGCAACUGUGGACAAUUGGAAUGCUCCAACUUCCUCAGCAUCAAAGGCCACUCAAUCGUGUACCUGUGCAACCCCCUUAUGAUCACCAGUGGAAUGUGGAGUUAAGGCCCAUCAACCCCUUCACUGAUGAUGGAAAUCAUGGAAUUGAACUUUUUGUCAGAGCAUGUGACCUGCUUGAGAGAUAG